AUGACAACAACAACAGCAACAACAGCAACAACAGCAGCAGCAACAACAAGCAGCAAUAGUAGUGUGUACAGUGCUAGUGUGCUCACGGAAGCAGAGACUGUCAAAGUCAUUAACAACGAACAAACCAUGGCAGCCUUGCAACAACAGCAAGCCAGGGAAGACGAAAAAGCCAAACAACAACAACAGCAACAACAACAGCAACAACAACAAAAGACUGUAGUGGAACAAGAAGAACAAGACGACUAUGCGCCAAUGUCGUGCAUUGACAAUGCCUGUGAGGCCAUGAUUGGUCUCUUUGGUGCUGGCAGUGAUGCUCAAGACAAGGAAAUGGAAGAAACGUACCACAAGAUUACCUACGGCAACAUGGUGUCAAACGUGAACGUGAAAGUGACACCAGAAAACAAAGCUCAGAAGGAAACAGAAGAAGAAGAAGAGACGGUCACGUUUGCUUUGGAUGCUGUUUCUCCUCCUCAAGACAAUCAAGCACAACCAAAGGAACCACCGACUCCUGUGACACCCGUCACCAAGAGAACCUUUUCCUUUGUUACCAACAAAAAGACAAAGUCAAACAAGUCUAGCAACAACAACAAGAAAAAACAAGGACGUAUCGCUCCUACCGGUGUUACCGUCGACGACGGUCAAGUCGAAGGCCGUCGCAAGUCCAAAAUUGGACGUUGGUGGAAAAAGAAGUUCCAAAAGGACACCAAACAACGUCGUUCCAAGAGUGUUCCACGGAGACGCACUCGGUCCGAUACGGUUCCACCCUCUCCUUCUACCGUGGCAUCUCAUAUGCAAGCCUCACAAGAUGAUCAGGAAGUGGCGGAUUACGUGGACAUGUCCAGUGUCUACAGCCAUGGUCAACCACAAGAACAACAACAAGGACAAGCAUCGCCAUCUGCCGCUAGUUUGCAACCUCGGAAUCGUGUCCGAAUUCAAGAUUUGGACGAUAGUGAUGAUGAUCAGGACGAUGGAUCUCUCAAUGUCUGGAAGGAACUAAAUGACAUGUGGGAAGAAUCGGGACAUGACCUCGUACGAGUCGUUUCCGACAAUAUUUCCGUCAAUGAAGAAACAACGGCUGCCGCCAUGGAAGAACAGGAUAUCAUGGCCAAGUACGAACAAGCCGUCGCUGCGGAAGGUCUAUUGGAAGCGGCGCAAGGACGACAAGACAAGAAUCGAGCCUUGGAAGUGACGGUAUAA